AUUUUUAUGGUCUUCAUGGAGAUUUUAACUUUAUUGGUCAAUGUAAAUAUAAAUCAAAAAAGAAUGAUUUUAUAAAUCCUUCGGAUAUUAGAGAUUUUAUUGGAACUGUAUCUGAUCAACCAGUAGGAAUUGUAGAAAAUUUAGAAACUACAUUAUUACAAAUUUCUAUUGAUUUAAAAAAAAUUAAAGAUGUAAAAAUUAAAAAUGAAUAUCAUGAAGACAUGAAUAUUGUUGAAAAUAUAGAAAUAUCGGUUAAUAAUCAACAAUAUAAUUUUUUUAAUAUUUUUUCUGUUACAGGUCAAGGAAAUGCUAAUAUUAAAAUAG